UAGAAACCAUACAAAUAUAAAAAAUUUCUCAUUAGCUUCAAUAUAUUUUCAUUUUGAUGCAAUGGAAUCUGAUACAUCUUAUAAUCUUGAGAAUUUGAAAUUGAGUAACAAAGAAGAUGACAUAAUUACCCUGAGGUUACUAGACCUAACAGAUGUUGAUGAUUUUAUGGAAUGGUUUGGUGAUGACAAUGUUAGUAAAUUUUGUUCAUGGGAUACAUUUAAAUCGAAAGAAGAUGCAAUAUCAUACGUAAUUGAUGUUGCAAUUCCACAUCCAUGGUUCAAAGCAAUUUGUUUAAAUGGCACACCAAUUGGUACAAUUUCAGUUUCACCUUUUUAUGGUACUAAUAAAUGUAGAGGUGAACUUGGUUAUGUGAUAGCAUCAAAGUAUUGGGGCAAAGGGAUUGCUACUAAAGCUGUGAAGAUGGCGGUGUCCGCCAUCUUCGUAGAUUGGCCUCACUUAGAGAGACUUGAAGCUGUGGUUGAUGUUGAUAAUCCAGGAUCACAAAGGGUGUUGGAAAAAGUUGGUUUUAAAAAAGAAGGUGUCUUGAGGAAGUAUUAUUUACUUAAAGGGAAAACAAAAGAUAUUGUUAUGUUUAGUAUUUUAUCUCGUGAUUUAUAAGUUAUCAAAGGAAAAUUCAUGGAUCGGCCUUAUCAUCUCUACCCUAUAGGUAUUAUGAGAUUAGCCUAAGGAUGUGUUUGACAUUCUGGGGUCACGGACCGAUCAUAGAAACCUAUUAGCUAUUUUAUGUAAGUAAGUUUGUAAAAUUUUUAAUUAAUUAAUUAAUUUCUUAUGAAGCUUAAGAAUGUUUUUGAGAGAUUAAAUAUUUCUUGAAUGUUGAGGAGAUCACUUUUAGUUUU